UGAAUAGAAUCAUUUCGCUCUUGUUUUGCCACCACUUCCGGGUGUAGUGUUCCUUUAAGUAGCUGGACGUCUCUCGUUUCUCCUUGGACUGCUUCUCCAAGAAGACGUCAACAGCCAGCCAGGCGGGCAGCGAGUCAGUGUGCUGUAUUCGUGUGCGGAUGGAGAAGUAGAGCAGACAGCGGGAGAGCCUUGCUUUUUUUAUGUGGCGUUUUUGAGCGUCCACGGCGAUGAGAAGCACGGCGGGCGCGGAGGUGCGAGGCAUCCAUUGCCGGUGUCCAGAACAACGCCGGAGGAUGACCGCCGCACUUUCGUCAUUUUGCAGACACGAUUUCUUCGUUUUCUUCGCUUUUUGUCUCACUAGUUAACAUGGAGCGAGGACGGCAGUAGCGACACUUUUUUCAACGCUUCCNCCCCUGCUGUUUAAUUUCAUUUUAAAUUAAUUUGGGGGGUGUUUUGUGAGGGUUAUGGAACCAUGUUGACUGGAUCUAAAAGCACGUUUAAAGUCCGACAAAUGGGGCCGGACAUCAAGGAGAGGAUGCUGAAUCAGGGUGGGAUGACGGCGCGGGGUCGAGAUGUCUUUGAACUACGUUGUCUUCCAGGCGAGUGCGUGCUGCAGAGGGCUGUCAUGGUGAGGAAGAAGCUUACAGCGAGGGAAGGCAGAGGCUGGCUAUCAGGAACGCUCUUCUGCACGCACUUCCGAGUCGCCUUCGUGCCCCAGGAUGCUCCCAAACCUGAUGACAAUGCCGACCCGGUUCUUUUGGGGGAUCAUGACGUCGCUUUGGCAUCUAUUGAGAAGGUCGUAGUUGUGGGCCCCAACCGGACCAAACUGGUGACCCCAAACUCAUCGCUCAAGUUCACGCCGGAGGAGCUGGUGCUUUACUGCCGCGACCUGCGAGUCAUCUGCUUCCUGUUUGACCGCCUCACCCCCGACGCCCAAGUCAUCGAGAUAACGCACACCAUCGCCAAAACCUACCAGCCUCUCAAGCCGGGCUCUGUGUUGUCCUUCCAGAACGCCGCCCUUGGUAGCGUAGAAAUGAAGCAGUUCCUAAGCAACCGGCGGCGGGACGCCCACAUGAACUGGCACGAGUCGGCCGCCGACUGGGAGCGAGAAGUGGAGCGCUGCGGCGCCACCGGCUGGAGAGUCAGCUCGGUCAAUGACCGCUUCGAGAUGUCCACCAGUCUUCCAAGAUUCAUCGUUGUUCCUCAGAAGGUUCUUGACACCGAACUGAAGAAAAGCUUCGCCCACUUCAAUGACGGACGCAUCCCCCGUUGGUGCUGGCGACAUCCACGCGGCAGCGACCUCCUGCGCAUGGCCAGCUUCCAGAACAACAUCUACCACGAGAAGGACGACAUCAGGAACCUGGAGCUCAUCCUGUUCGGCUGCCAUUCGUCAGCAUGCGUGGUGGUGGAACUUGGCGAGGAGCUUCCCUCGCCCGCCGACAUCCAGCUGGCGCACGGCCGCCUACGAGCGCUCUGUCUUGGAGAUAUCUCCACGUCUGUGACUGUGCCGGAUGAAAAGUGGCUGUCCACGCUGGAAGGAACACACUGGCUGGACUACACCAGAUGGUGCCUAAAGAAAGCUUCGGAGGUGGCGUGCCUUCUGCGCGGCGGUCACAUGACUGUGGCGCUGCAAGAGGCGGAGGACCGAGACAUGAGCUGUGUGGUGUCCAGUCUGGUCCAGGUAAUGUGCGACCCCCACUGUCGCACACGAGGCCCCGGGGACGACCUAGGAGACACUGAAGAGACUAUGUCACCCAGCUGGCCUAGGAACGCCUCUGAAUUCCCCGGGAAGAAUUGGAAGAAGAGCUGCUGCGGGCCACAGCUCCCACGUAGACGCUCACGCGUGCUUGUGGUGUGGUGUCUUCAGGCUCCCGUCUUCCUGCUUUUCCUGGACUGCGUGUGGCAGCUGUGGUCGCAGUACCCGUCUCGCUUCCAGCUGACGGACGACUUCCUGCUGGCGCUGCACGACAGCACCCACCUGCCGCUCUUCUCCAGCUUCCUGGCCAAUUCCCAACGGGAGAGAUGCAGACGCACACAGAAUCUGGGCCAGUGCUACACGCCCGUCAACGGCUGGCGAGACCCGCUGCACACUGAUAGCGGGCCGGAGCCGCCUGACCCUCCGCUGCCGCCCGUGUGGGACUGGUCGCUGCAGUACAGCGAGCGGCGACAGGCUGCUUUCACGCAGCCUGUCCCUCAGACACCCCAGCCACCUUCCCUGAUCAACGGAAACCUCAACACCCACCAGGACGCCUACCGGCCGAGCGACGGCACCCCCGGCUCCGUGUUCCUCCUCUCCCGGGGCGUCUUCUCAUGUCCCACCAACCUGCUCCCGUGGCGCGGGGGCGGCGCGGGCGUCAGCAUUUCGGGCGUCUACCGCAAGAGCCACCGCAGGGCGCCGUCCUCCGAGAACGUCCCCGGACUGGAGAGACUGCUGAAGGCCUGCUCCCUCAGCGAGGCCCCCUCCAAGCCCAAGUCGGACCCCUACGAGCCCUUGCUGCCCCUCCUCAUGGGGCCCUGCAUGGGCCUGUGGAGGGAGUGUUACCACCGGGGGGCGCUGCAUGCUCAGGCCUUCUCGCACCCGCUCAGCGCCAACCACUGUCACCCGCUGGAGCUCCUGGCCAGGGAGGUGCGACGCCUCCAGGCGCGGCUAGCCCAGGCGAGCCCCGCGUCCGCCGCCGAACCGCGGCCGGCCCACGACGCCAACCACAAUGCCAACAACGGCACCUUCCUCUUCCCCAAGUCUCACGGAGCCGCCGCUUCCGCCCCCAAAGCGCCCUCGGCUGCCCCCGCUCAGGCGUCCAGCCCCGCGCCCAGAGAAAACGCAAACAAACACAGCUUUCUGUUCGGGCACGCUUCGGACACCCGUAUGGGUCGCGCCAACUCCAAAGUGGCCAAAAGCAACCCAAGUUAAUCAUGUGGCCUACCCUGCAGCUUCUUUGUUUUUGUUUUUUUUUGUUUGUUUGGGUUUUUUUUAGGGCACCUUCAAAGUAUCAGAGAAGAAAAGGAUGACCCACAAUGCACUUGGAGACCCUUCUGACACAUUUUCUGCAAGAGCGGAGCCGUCUAUUUUUAGGCUGCAAAUGGAAAAAUGUGCCAAGAUAGCACAUGAAAAGGUACUUGCCGCCGGGGUUGCAAAACUUGUCCAAAUCAAAUGUACAAAAUUGAUAUCACGUUAAAAAAAAAAAAAA